AUGGGAAGUACUAUGAGGUUGUCCUUGCGGAUGGAACAGGACGCCGCGCUGACGCGGCAGAGCGAACUGGAGGAGCGCUUGCGGAAGACAGAGGCACAGUUGGACGCACUGGUGCAGUGGAAGGGGUUUCCAAAGGCCUGGGGUGGAGUUGGUGGAGUAGUCCUCAAGCUAGGCGUUUGGGGCACCGGACAUGAAGCGAAGGCGACUCGAGGCGACUCGGUGCGAUAUACGAAGACACCAGGGUCCAAAGAGGAGAAGGCCGAGAGCCCAUAUCGACAGCAAGGCGAAACGGCGCUGCAAGUCGCCUCGGAGCUCAUGCGGCGCCUCAGCGCCGAGGAGAACGGAAGUGGAGGGCAGGAGCGCAUGGAUGCCUUGAUUGCCGAAAGCCAUCAGACCUCCAGCGGGCCUGGGCCCACGAAGCGGUCGCCCCACGCGCUGGAUCCGGCGGGCCCCAAAAAGGUACCCGAACGGCACACCUCUCCUGAGCUGCUGGCGCUGCCGGCGCCCCCCACGCCGAAGGUCCGAAACGGCAGGCGCCGGCCGCAAUUCGCUUCGGCCUCGGCAGCCCACACAGUGGCCAAGGCGGCCCAGGCGGAGGCUGAGGCACGGCAGACGCGGAUUCGACAGCUGCAACAGGAGCUGGUGCGGCAGCGGGAAGCUUUGGCUUCCAAGCGGAGAGCUCCGGAGGACUCUGGGAUGGCCCCGGAGUCUCGUCCCACCGAGGGAGAGGAUCGCCGUCGUUCUGCCUUGCAACUGCCGCAGGAAGAGCGGCAGAUGGGAGAAGCAGAGAUUCAUGGGGAGCAGGCGCUGUUGUUCCCUCGCCCCAAGAGACGUGCACGGGAGGAGCGGCUGCACGAGUUCCUGCAGGCCGAGGUGGUGUUCUUCGCCUCGCGGGAGCCGAUGCUCGGGAAGAGCAUCACGCUGCGGCAGAUCUUGGAUGCCAAGACUCCUGAACAAGCGGCCAACUUGGCCUACAGGGAGCUCCCGAUCCGCUACGCGCAGCGCAUCUUGCAGAUCGAAGCCUUGCCGGAGUGGCAAGCCUCGAGGGAGCUGGUCGAGGUCCACCGCCUCUACUCUGAGAACUUCAAAGACAUCCGCCUCGUCGAGCUGGAUGUGAAGGAGCUCGAGCCCUUCACUGAAGUCAUUGAGACCAUCAAGGGGAGGAUGAAAGAAGUGAUUCCCAUGUUGGCGACAGCAAUGAGGAACUUGCAGUGGGCUGAUGGUUACUCUGAAGCUGCCAUUGUGCAGUGGCUGGAUGCCUUCUUCCUCUCUCGCAUUGGCACGGAGAUGCUGACCUCUCAGUACAUGGCCUCGGCCAAGCCGGACGCCGUGGCACUGCGCAGGCGCCGCGUGGGGGUGGUGGACUUCGCCUGCGACCCGGUGAACAUCUGCGAACAGGCGGCCAGGCAUGCCCGGAAGCUGGUGAAACAGCACUACGACGAGUCCGCAGAUGUGGAAAUCGUCGUUGAGAGUGGCGUGGGCGGGAAGUCGAGCUUUGAGAUUGAGAGCCGCAUCCGGUUCCCCUAUGUGCCCAACUAUUUGUUCUACAUCAUGGUGGAGCUGCUGAAGAACAGCGCUCGUGCCACAGUAGAGGCUCAGCAGGAGAACCCUGGCCAGAGGCGGCCCAUCGUCAUCACCGUGGGGGCCGAUCGCCGCGAGGUGGCCAUCCGUGUGUGGGACCAAGCAGGAGGGAUUCCCUUCCAUGCGGCGGAGAAGGUCUGGUCUUACAUGUACUCCACUGCUUCGAAGGCUGCCCGGGAGUUUGAUGAGCAAGGGACACCCCUAGCAGGUUAUGGAGUCGGUUUGCCACUGAGCAGGCUCUAUGCCAGGUACUUGGGAGGAGCCUUGUAUUUGCAGUCGAUGCCGGGUGUGGGUACGUGCGCAUACCUCUACCUCAAACGUUUGGAAAGUGAGGCUCGGGAGGAACUGCCCGAGAGGAGCUCGGUGAGUAGCUGCAGCCUGGUCUAG